CCCAGGAAGCUCCUGAACUGUACAGCAGCAGUCGUCAACAGCCAGAGGUUAACACAGGACAACAGCCCUAGUCGACAAUCCGGCAACAUGAGGCUCUCCAAGUUGGUGGUGGUGUGUGUGGCCAUCGUCGCCCUUGUCCGGGCUGAGCAGAAGCAAAGUGAGGUGGGGAGUGCCUGUAAGUCAGCUGGAGGAGACUGUCUAAAGGAAGAUGUCAACAAGUGCCAUACUGUGUUGGCCGAGAAAGACUGUGGUCCCAGCGCCGUGUGCUGUUAUAAUGGUACGACGGGGACUGGCGCUCCAGCAAGAAAAUCCUUAAUAUUGGGAAGAAAAUAUGAGGAGAAAAUAUCUAAGAAUGUAAACAAGCAAAACAAAACAAAACGAAGUGUGAGGGAGGAAACUGAGAGAAAGAAAACUGCCAAAAACAAUAAGAACUCGUCUAAGAAAACGCGUACGAACAGACAAAAGAAGAACAUUUCUGAAAUGAAACCAGAGAAACGCAAUAAAACUUCGAAGAAAAGUAAGAAUAUAAAGAAAACGGCAAAGAAAGAACAAGAACCAAAGAAAAUUCAAAGGAAACAGGGAAACCGUAAGAAAAUAUCCAAUAAGAAACAAAAGAAUCCCAAGAACAAAUCCAGGAAGAGAUUACAAAAACUGAAGAAAAAGUCAAUAAAUGGAAAACGAAGAUCCAAGAAAUUAUACAAAACUGAGCCAAACACAUCGCCCAAAAUCGAAAAACUUUCCAAAACGGACAAAAAUAUUCCGAGUACAAAUCCCAGGAAGAACCAAAGAAAGCUCAAUAAAAUAUACAAGAAGCAAGAAAGAAAACCAAAAGAGAGUGCAAAGAAAAGGCAGAAGAAGGUUAAAGGGAAAAACGGCAAAUCCAAUAAAAAUAUCGGAAUGGAAAAGAGCAAGAAUGGAAAAGAAAAACUGAGGAAUAAUUUUGGAAAUAAAAAUGGAAAAUCACCCAAAAAUCUAGGAAAGAAAACACUGAAGAACGGUAAAGACAAAUCCAGGAAAAGUUUAGGAGAGAAAACAAUUAAGAAAAACAAAGCCAAAUCUAGGAAAAGUCUGGGGAAAAAAACACUGAAGAACGAUAAAGCCAAAUCUAGGAAAAGUCCGGGGAAAAAGACACUGAAGAACAAUAAAGCCAAAUCUAGGAAAAGUCCGGGGAAGAAGACACUGAAGAAAGGUAACGCCAAAAGUGUUGACAAGACCAAAGGUGAAGUCAAAGUGAGUGACAGAAGGGAAGGCCUGGACAAAGCCAAGUUAUCAGCAGGAAAAUCCGGUUAUGACCAAGCCAAGUGCCCCAAGUCUGAGGGCAAGUGUGGCACUUGUACCUUGAGGAACGAGUGCUCCUCCGGCGAGUGGCGGGAUGACGACUGUGGUGGCGACUGUGGCUGUUGUCAUCCAGCCAAAUGCACACCUAAGAAAAAAUGCAGAGGUGCAGGAGGAGUUUGUCGAAGUAAGUGUAGCGGCAAGGAGACGGAGUUGAAGAAGGGGUGUAAGGGCAUGGGGUGCAUGUGUUGUCUGAAGAAGGCUAAACCCUGCAAGACGAAGAAAUCGUGUCUGAAGAAGGGUGGCAAGUGUACAACGGAGAAGGAGUGCUCCACCGGCAACUUCGCCACCAAGGGCUGCAAGGGCGGCUGUGUCUGCUGCCUCUACAAAUCCACUUGCAGCGAGAAGAAACAGUGCAAGAAGCACCAUGGUCGGUGCAAGGAGCAUUGUGAGGGGCAUGAACAGGUCAUACACAAGGGGUGCAAGGGCCACAACUGCCAGUGUUGCGCACCGCCCCCUGUUAAACCUCCGCACCCCGUUAAACCUCCGCCAGCCUCCUGCAGUCCGUCCUCAGAGUGUACCUACGCCGGCGGCUACUGCGUGGAGUUCGAGCACCCCUGCCGGCCCGGCUACUACGCGUUGGGCGAGUGUCGCGGCGUGAGAAGCGGCUACGGCCACGGAGGCCACUGCAAGUGCUGCCGGCCACAAACGAUUACCAGCACAACAUCGACUACAAGCACGUCUACAACAUCGACUACAAGCACGUCUACAACAUCGACUACAAGCACGUCUACAACAUCGACUACAAGCACGUCUACAACAUCGACUACAAGCACAUCUACAACAUCGACUACAAGCACAUCUACAACAUCGACUACAAGCACAUCUACAACAUCGAGUACAAGCACAUCUACAUCAUCGACUACAAGCACAUCUACAACAUCGACUACAAGCACGUCUACAACAUCGACUACAAGCACAUCUACAACAUCGACUACAAGCACAUCUACAACAUCGACUACAAGCACGUCUACAACAUCGAGUACAAGCACAUCUACAACAUCGAGUACAAGCACGUCUACAACAUCGAGUACAAGUACAUCUACAACAUCGAGUACAAGCACGUCUACAACAUCGAGUACAAGUUCAUCUACAACAUCGAGUACGACCACAACUUCGACUACAUCGACAACAUCUACAACUUCGUCUACAACUACAUCUACAACUUCGUCUACAACUACAUCUACAACAACAUCUACAACUUCGUCUACAACUACAUCUACAACUUCGUCUACAACUACAUCUACAACUACAACUACAUCUACAACCUCGUCUACAACUACAUCUACAACUACAUCUACAACUUCGUCUACAACUACAUCUACAACUACAUCUACAACUUCGUCUACAACUACAUCUACAACUACAUCUACAACUUCUGGCCUCGACGGGGGCCAGGAAGCCGGCGCCUUGUUAAAGAUAUCCCCAAUUUUUCCUGAUGAUUUAAUCAAGGUGGAUUUUGGACUACAGCCAUGUUUCCGCAUUGACGGCUUCGGCGGGUAG